AAGAUGAAGAUAAAUAAAAUGUCAAGCGAGCUGAAUCUAUAUAAGUUUAAUUGGGAAUUAAAUUCCCGGUUUUGUAAGACAAAGCUUCAUGAUGAGGGCGACAUUGGCAUUAUUGGUGAUUGGACUCACAGCAGUCCUUGGUGCUCCAAGUUAUGAUCCCAUCGUUGAGAAAGGUUGGACGCUGGUCCCAGAUGAAAAUGGAAAUCUCAAAAUGGUCACUCUUGAGGAGUUGGAAUUCCAAUAUGCGCUAGCUAAGAGGGCUAAGGUGGUGGUUAAAUUCACUUUAUACACCCGCGCCAACCCAACUAAGGGCGAGGAAAUGGUUCCAAAUGAUGCUGCUUGGCUGGCCCAAUCUAAUUUCAAUCCAGCUAAUCCAACCAGGGUUAUCUGCCACGGCUGGAUGGGUGACGGAGACUCCAGUGUCAUCGUUUUGAACCGUGAUGCCUAUUUGUCUCGUGGUGACUACAACGUCAUCGGUAUUGAUUGGAGCAAAGGUGGUGGCACCAUCAACUACAUUGCAGCCCGUGCCAAUGUUAAUGAAGCUGCUACACAAGUUGCCUCCUACUUGGAUUUCUUGACUCAACAUGGCUUGAAAUAUAACGAUGUUUAUCUGAUUGGUCACAGCUUGGGUGCUCAUGUCGUCGGAAUGACUGGCAAGUACAUCAACGGAAAAGUGAACACCAUCUACGGUUUGGAUCCUGCCAUGCCUUUGUUCUUCGAAAAUAAGCCAGAUGAACGUCUUAAUGAUAGUGAUGCCGAAUAUGUUCAAACAAUUCAAACCAACGCUGGUGUCCUCGGUUUUGACGUUCCAAUUGGUAAUGGUGCCUUCUACCCUAACUGGGGUGGUGACCAACCUGGCUGUGGUUUGGAUAUUGCUGGCACUUGCGCUCACUACAGAUCAUGGGCCUACCUCGCCGAAUCCAUUACUGAUGACCUUUUCUGGGCCGUAAAGUGCCAACAGGGCUACGAAGCCAUUAAAGAAAAGUACUGUCCAGAUAAGGGAUCCGUCGCUCUUAUGGGUGGUGAACCAUCAGACCACAAUGCUGUCGGUGUUUACUACUUGCCAACUAACACCAAGGAACCCUACGCCAAAGGAAAAUUCUUCUUGUAAAUCUGUGAAAUAAAUUGUAGAAUUCACUCCA